AUGAUGGGCGCUGUUCGCUCCAACCGGGUGGCGCUGCUUGUCGCGGCCGUUUUCUUCACAUUCUUCAUGGGCUUGGCCCAUUUCCAUCUUAAUGCCACUCCAUCCCGCCCGGCCACUGCCAUCUCCGACUCCGACGAGUAUAUCCCCGACGUCGAUCACGCCGCUGCCAGCCCCGACAACGCGCCCAAGGUCGCUACCAAGGCCGCGCAGCCUGCGAAGGCCUCUGUCUUCCCCUCUGCCAAGGCUGAAGAAGACCCCGGGACCGUCCCAGCCAUCCCCACGCCUGCAUCCGAGGAGCCCGAGAUCGAGGUCGUCGAGGAGGUUGUCGAAGUCGAAGUCGAGGAAACUCCUACUCCCACUCCUACACCCACCGCCGCCGAGUCCCAUGUCCUGCGCCCUCAGGACUUUGUGAUCCCUUCGGUCAAGCCCACUACCCCCCAAUUUGCAGACUAUGGCGCUUGGGGAUGGAAGCUUCCUCACCCCGACCCCAUCUGGAAGGAGUCUCUGGGCGAGCGUCUUUGCAUCGUUGACCUCGAAAGCCGUCCUUUCGAUAAGCCUGGACAGAUUUGGGAUCCCCAGGGAAUGAGCUGGAGCCGUGCCAAGGAUGUCCAUGGUCCUUCUGGCGGCACUCUGAACCACUGGGUCUACUCCCAGAUCCACGGUUACAAGUACUACUACGUCAAGAUCAACACCUACAAGGAUCGACGUGAUUCUUGGAAGAAGCCAUCUGUUCUGUCCAAGAUCCUCAAGAACCACGACGUCUGCAUCUUUAUUGAUUCGGACGCCCUCUUCAACCAUCUCGACCUCCCUCUCGAAUGGCUCAUGAACUACUGGAGCAUCUCGCCUCACAACAACUCGCUCGCCCUCGCCGUCGACCCCGAUGUACAGCACAACCACGACCGAUUUGGCAAGCUCUUCCUCAACACUGGCUUCAUGAUCAUGCAGAACAACAACAAGACAUACGACAUCUUCAGAGACUGGGACGACUGCCCUAACGAGGGCAGCAAGUACCCUGGUUGCACCGAGUUCCGACACCGCAAGGGCUGGCAGCCCACCGAUCAGGGCGGCUUCGGCACCUUUGUGCGCUACGACUACCCCAACGAUAUCAAAGAGCUGCCCUGCACAGAGGCCAACGGUUUCCCCGAGGCCAACCAGGGUUGCAUGGGCAAGUUCAUCAAGCACGUUUGGCUGGGCAAGGAGGAUAGGCUCAAGAUUGUCGUCGGCAACGUGUUCCCCGGCACUCUUCUCGAGACCUUCCACAAGCAGUUCCUCGCAGCGAAGAACACCUUUUUUACAACAGAGGACGCUCUUAUGUCUAAUGAGUAA